AUGUUAAGAGUAAGGUUAUCUGAAGAGAGGCAGAAGAAAAAACAAGAGAAUGAUAUUUUAAAAAAAGAAAAGCUGGAGCAACGCAAAAAACAGAAGACUAUUGAGAAGAAACAAAAGCCAUCUACGAGGAAACGAAAAUAUUCCUCAACUACUGAUGAUGAGUCAUGGGUUGAAUCUGGAAGUAGUAUAGAUGACUUAUCUUCUGAAGAAGACAAUGAUAAAGAGCCUGAGGAGGAAAGAGUAAAUGAUUAUAAAGAAGGUGAAUAUAUAUUAGUCAAAUUCCCCGGCAGUAUAAAGGAUUAUAAAUAUGUAUGCAUUAUACAAAAAGUCUUUGAAAAUAGCGAAGUUGAAGUUCUUGGUAUGAAUUGUUGUGACGAAAAUAAAACUAUUUUCAAACCAAACGAUAAAGAUAUAAGUUUUAUCAAAUUGAACCAAAUACUCAAGAAAUUGCCAAACCCUAAAAUUAUUAUUGCUGGAGAGAGACUUAAAUACCAAUUUCUGACACCCAUUGAAGUUGAUGGUUGA